UUGAAAAUUCAUGUAGAGAAAAAGAGAAUGAUGAACGGAGAAAUGUGAAGAGUGAUGGUGCUAUUAAGGGUUAAAAGGCUCAAAGGUUUUUAAAGGAAUUAAAAUGGACAUUUUGCUACCGAAAUACUAGCACUAGCGAUAAUAGACAAUUCUUAUAACUUGAACCUAUGAUGUGAGUACGAGUAAUGCCACUUUGAGCUUAAAUCUGAUUGGGCUUCUUAGAUUGGAUCUUCAAUUGGGUCCAAGAACACUAGUCCAAUUACCUUGAAAACUUUGCAUUUUCGCCAAACAACCUUUGCAUUUUGCUCGAAUGUGAAAUUCAGGUAUAAAUACAUACAUACAUACAUACAUACAUACAUAUAUAGAUAGAUAUGUAUAUGUAUGUAUAUUCGUAUGUAACUAUUAAUUUUCUAGGACUUUUGAAUGGCAAUACUUGUGUGGGGGAAUAUAGCCAUAUAGGCAGUUUGCCUCUUGUAAUUCUACUACUGGUUUGAACCAUGAAAAGAGCUUAGUCAAAUAAUGCCCACCAAGUGUUCGACAAAAUUUCAUCUGCUUUUUAUAGUUAUGCACUUAGCUUAUGAUGUCUAUUUCCAAAAGAAACGUCCUUGAGUUGAAUUAAGCUCGAAAGUUGAGGACUUUGGUUGAUUUCUAUUCACAAUUUUGGCUCCAAGGCAGCUACUGAGCCUAUAAAAAUACAAAAUGGAGACUGCAGCGUGGGGAGCCUAGGCUGGAGGCUAUUGACAGAGGCGCACAACCCGUUCUCUCUUUCAAUUUCCUUUACAAGUUUGGCUUUUUUUCAAUGUGAUUUCUGUUUUGCAGCUGAAUUUAACUUGGCUGAUCCUAUCCAUUUCCUCAAAUGAAGUUUACAUGCCUUAGUAAAGGAGGUGGCUUCCAUUUCCCACCUUGUCAUAUGCUCAGUGUGUCCGGGUUUAGGAUCUUACUUGAUUGCCCCUUGGACCUUUCAUCUCUUGCCAUUUUCAGUCCUGUUCCGAUUGCUUUGGAGGCCCAUGAAUCUUUGGAGACAGACUCGGUUGUUAGGAAAAAGCAGAAGAUUGAGAAAACUCUCGAUGCAAAUGAUUUAGUAUUUGCAGAGCCUUGGUAUAAAACUGUAAAAAGUUUGCAUCUAUGGGAUGCUUCCUUUAUUGAUGUUAUUUUGAUCUCAAGUCCUACGGGAAUGCUUGGGUUGCCUUUUCUUACUCGAACUAAAGACUUUUCUGCAAAGAUAUAUGUGACUGAAGCAGCAGCGAGAAUAGGACAGCUUAUGAUGGAGGAUCUUGUAUCAAUCCACAUGGAAUUAAGGCAAUUUUAUGGACCUGAGGAUUCUUCUUCCCUUCAAUGGAUGAGGUGGGAAGGGCUUGAAGUUCUUCCAUCUGAACUGAAGAAAAUUGCAUUAGGCGCAGAUUGUGAGGAGCUGGGAGCUUGGAUGCCUUUGUACAGUGCAGUUGAUGUGAAGGAUUGCAUGAGGAAGGUUCAAACACUAAAAUAUGCAGAAGAAGCUUGCUACAAUGGAACUUUGGUCAUAAAAGCCUUCAGUUCUGGCUUGGAAAUAGGGACCUGCAAUUGGACAAUAAAUGGUCCAAAAAGAAAUAUAGCUUAUAUUUCAAGCUCUAUCUUUGUUUCUACACACGCGAUGGAUUUUAAUUUCCUUGGUCUUCAAGGGAAUGAUUUGAUAAUAUUUUCAGAUUUCUCAACUCUGGAUACUACUGAAAAUAUGGAGAAUGAUAAUACUUACUGUGAUCCAGCUGCUUCAUCAAAUGCUAGUGAUGAUUUGUACAAUUUGGAAGAGAUAGCUGCAUCCUUGCUUAAGGAUGAUGAAAGUAUGGAGGAAAUGGAGAAACUUGCUUUUAUAUGUACCUGUGCCUUCGAUUCUGUUAGAGCAGGUGGAUCGGUUCUUGUACCCAUUGAUCGACUUGGAAUUGUUCUAUGCCUUUUGGAGCAAAUGUCACUUUUGUUGGAGUCUUCAUCUCUAAAGGUUCCGAUAUACAUUAUAUCUUCCGUAGCAGAAGAAUUAUUAGCAUUUACCAAUAUAAUACCAGAGUGGCUUUGCAAGCAGCGGCAAGAGAAGCUUUUUUCUGGUGAGCCAUUGUUUGCACAUGUCAAACUCAUAAAAGAGAGGAAAAUUCACGUGUUCCCUGCAGUUCAUUCAGUUGAAUUAUUAACCAAUUGGCAGGAACCUUGUGUUGUGUUCUGUCCUCACUGGAGCCUGAGACUCGGUCCUGUCGUUCAUUUGCUUCGAUAUUGGUGCUCAGAUCCAAACUCUUUACUUAUCCUUGAGAGUGGUGAUGAUGCUAACUUAGCUCUCUUGCCUUUCAAGCCAAUGGCAAUGAAGGUUCUUCAGUGUUCCUUUCUGUCUGGAAUAAGUUUGCAGAAAGUUCAACCCUUACUAAAGGCUUUGCAGCCAAAAUUACUUCUGUUUCCGAAGGAUUUGAGGUGCAAGAUCCAAAUUUCAGAAGCAAACACGAUUAUUCACUACUCUGAAAAUGAAACAUUAUGCAUGCCAAGCUCUAAGGAGAGCACAGAAAUUUAUAUAGCAACAGAUUUGGCUUCCCAGUUCCACUGGAAAACAUUGAAGCAGGAAACAGUCACGAGGCUGGAUGGAGAGCUUUUCAUGGAUCAAGGCAAACAUCGGUUACUUUCUGGGUUUCGGCAGGCAGACUCCAAGCAACACAGACCAUUGUUACACUGGGGUUCACCAGAUUUAAAAAGGCUUCUAACUGAGCUGUCCAAGAUGGGCAUUACUGGAACCUUAAAGAAGAACAUGGACAGUGCUGAAUCUAAAAAUGCUGCCGGCAUUAUAGACAUUGAUGAUCCCGAGAAAGCCUUGAUCGAUGUUCGAGAGACUGGUACUGUUAUCAUUACUGCUGAUGAGAAUUUAGCCUCUCAUAUUUUCAAAGCUAUAGAUAUCGUUUUGGAUGGCAUUUGAAUGAAAUGCAAGUAUCAUUCUUUGAUAUCAUUUAUCCAUCCAUUUAUACAUGGAAAGCUUGGAAGUUAUAAAUUUUCACAUAUGACAUGAAAAAAAUACAAAUAAUUAUAAAAAAAAAUUUUAAAUUUAAUCAACUUAUGUUAUUUCUA